UUCGUGAGUUACGUAGUCGUUGUAAACACAAGGGAUGUAAUCUCAGUCGGCAGUUCACAAACUGCUGUGCACCAGUGUGUGUGAGCAGUUUGAAAUCGUGUACAAAUAACAUAAUCAGAUUACACUUUAGCAUUAUCUAAGAGCGCUUGUUUUAUUCAUAUCGGUCAUUGAUUUUGUUCGUCGAUGGCCAGUGGUCAUAUCUGAAGCUAUCAUUCUCUUUUAGAGGAGAACGCAAACAUUAAUCAUACCACAUGAGCGGCAGCUCUGCUGUUAGGACUUAAUAAGUGGUCUCGUGCAUUUAGUAGGAAGUGACAACUUUAAAAAUUACUGUAGUAGACAAUGUGCUCGACUGAUAGUGCCUCUCUCAUAAGUUGUCAGUCUAAUAAUUCGGCGGAAUUGUGGUAUGCCUAUAAGGACAUGGUUUCUGAUUUAAUUCCGAGUUCACUUUUGCUUGCCAUAUCUUCAGGCAUUUCAGGAUUUGAGUAUCAUCCAUGGGUUUUCUCACUGAUCGGAUCAACAUUUAUUGGACUUAGUGGAAUAUUUCCUCUUCUUGUGAUCCCCAUCGAAGAAGGAGCCAACAUAAAAUCAGAAGAGGGAGGCUCGCGGACGCUGAAGGUGCUGCUGAGCUUCGCAGUGGGCUGUCUGCUGGGCGAUGUGUUCCUGCACCUGCUGCCCGACAUCUGGAGCCGGGAAGCGCUUCGACUCGACCACGGUGGUCAUCCGAGUGUCGACAAGGGCCUACUAGUGCUGGCGGGGCUGCUGGUGUUCAUUGUGCUGGAGAAGAUGUUCACGUUCGUGCCAGAGGACGGCGAGGACGAGAGCGCCGCCAAGAACAAGAAGAAGACUGCGCGCAAGGUGGCGUGCAGCGCCGAGGUGUGCAUGCUGGAGAAGCGGCUGCGCAAGCGCCUGUCGCGCGGCGCGCGCAACAACAACAACGUGGACGACGACGUCGUCUUCGCGUGCGCCAACAUCGCCGACGGCGUCUGCAAGCAGAUAGAGGACAUCGGCACCGUGCUGUGCGCGGCUGCGGCCAAGCAGCCGGACGACGAGCCGACAAUCCACGUGAGUGGCUACCUGAAUCUGCUGGCUAAUGCAUUCGACAACUUCACUCAUGGCUUAGCAGUUGGUGGUAGUUUCAUGGUGUCCUUACCUCAUGGUGCACUUACAACAUUUGCAAUAUUGCUCCAUGAAAUCCCUCAUGAAGUGGGUGACUUUGCAAUCUUGCUGCGUUCGGGUUUCUCAAGAUGGGAUGCUGCAAAAGCCCAGGUGUACACAGCUGGUGCUGGUGUAGUUGGGUCAAUGACAGCAAUAUUACUCAGUGGAGCAUCAAACACAGUUGAGGCAAAAACGUCUUGGAUUCAUCCAUUCACUGCAGGAGGGUUUCUUCACAUUGCCUUGGUAACAGUAUUACCAGAUUUGCUGAAAGAAGAGAAUCCAAAGGACUCCUUAAUGCAGCUUAUGUCACUUCUGUUUGGUAUAGCAAUUAUGGCACUUCUAGGCUUAGUAGUUGAAGAGUAAAAAGUGCAUUUGGCAGCACAAUGCAGAAGACAUAAUAUUAUUUUGAAGUAUGUCAUUGUGACUUCGCAGGUUUUUGACACUAAAAGGAAAAAGAGAGCUUGUUGGUGCAGCUACAUCAUAUCAGUAAAAGAAAGUACGGAAUAUAAGUUCACAUAACAAAGUUAAUUGGAUUUGAUACCAUAAUGUGUUAAAUUCCUUUUCUGUAAGUUUUAUAUAAGGUGACUUGGGAACUGGAAAAAAGUGAUGUAAUAUCUUCUAAUUUUUUUCAGUUCGUUGUCUGAUGUUUAUUUUUUAUUAGCUGAUGUGAACAUUGUCAUAUUACACAAAGUGGUGCUUCUUAAUAUUUGAAGUUCCUUUCGUUAAUGUGUUAAAUGUAACACAAAGUCCUUGAAACUUUAUCAUUACUUAGUUGUUUCCAGUUGUGCAGAAAGCUGUUGUUAUAAUUGAUUAUGACUGAAGUAUUUGCUGCUUUUUGGACUAAAAUUUACUUACAAGUCAUCAUUUUCACUGCCGUCACAUAAUAUUUCAGUUUUUUGGACAAAGUGGUCUGCAUCAUCAUGACAGCGUGUACCACAAUGCCAUUGUUCUAGAUAAUGCACAACAUACCUCAUUUGAUGGAGAAGGUUGAUAUCAAUGAACGGUAUUGUAACUAUAAAUUCCUGUUGCACUAAUACACACAUUGUUGGAUGCAGUUACCAGUUUUUAAAAUCCCUAUAUUCUGAUUUCAAAAUUUUGUAGACCUACGUCAUAGCUUCUUUCGUUGAAAAAUUUGAAAGGUAAUGUACUUACUUGUUUUUGUUGUAGAAUGACAAUGAUAGAGGAUGUUUACAGAUUCCUAAAAUAGAAGUGAUUGCUGUUUACAAAAUAUGUUUUUGCCAUUACUGUAGAUAAGUUUUACAUUUCAAAUUAAUUUUGCAGCAGAAUGCUUUAAUCGUUCCAUUCUAAAACCAUGUUAUGAAUAAUAAUAAUAGUAGUGUUAGCUAAAUGAGGACAUGAGAGAUUAUUUAUGUAAAAACAUUAAUUUUUCAGUCUUUUUAAAUGUCUUUUUUCCUCAGUAGUUAACAUUCGUUUUGAUAGUGUAAUUUUUGUCUGUUCUGACACACACAAUAUUCACUAUAAGGCACAGUGUUUUCCACACUGUCCUCAGAAACUUUAUAGCUUUAACAAAAUGAUAUAUCAACUAGUCAGAAUGUUGUUAAGCUGUAAUUAGUAGACGAUGUGCACCCAGUCACAAAUGUGUUCAAAACUGAGUGACAUCACAGAUAAACUCCCAUUAGAGUUUUGUACAUUUUGACCAGGUUAAUUGUAAAUACAAAUGAAAAAAUAUUUUUGUGUAAGAUAUAAAAUAUAUAAAUUUUAUUGAAAAUAUUUAA